UCGCGGUACCCCGUACCCUAGCAGUGUCAUUGACCUAAUCUGUCGCCGUCUAGAACUCGUGGAAAAGGGUAUAUCUAGUCCUUGGCACGAUCUUGGCCUCCCGAUGCCCGUGCCGUGGUUGCAGACGUUCCGUGGUGGUAUCAGCUCCAUCGCGAGAGACGAAGCGCAAAGAUGUCUGUCCCAGGGUCCCGCCGGUGCAGGAACACCGACAGAAUCCUCUGGUCGACGUACGGCAACGAACAUCGCCAUGCCGCUCUCGCCCGGCUGGAGUCGAGCGACGACGACACUCGAAGACUUACGAUGGGCUCUCAGCUGACUUGCCAAGAUGAGAAGGAAAAGGUGUUAGUGCAUGAACGCGGCGGCGCCUCGAACUAUGAGCUAUUCUACGACCUUUGGUUCGUUGCGAACCUCAACACCUUCACCUCGGUCCACGAGAUCACCGACAAAGGCACACUCUUUUCAUUCAUGGGCUAUGUCUUACUUCUCUGGACGACAUGGUUCUUGACGACGAUAUUCGACGUGCGCUUCGGCGUCGACGGCACCCUGCAGCGCAUUACUAGAGGUGCUCACCUGGCCGUAAUGGUCGGCUUUGCAGAGGCGGGGUCUACCUUUAAUCCGGAUGCUCAAGCGCAGCCCGUAUUCCAAGCGAUGUCCCUGUUCCUAAUGGUAUCACGGUUCAGCCUAGGCCUGCAGCACGCCAUCUUCUUGUUCCGGAACCGCGGGCGACUAGAACAGAAAAGACCGCUUGUGCUCUCCAUCCUCUUCCACUCGGUAUUCUCCAUCACCUACUUCGGCGUCGCGUUCUACACCAACCAGAACCCGCGCGACAACGUCUUCACCUUCUGGUAUUACGCUUCCGUCGCGGAGCUGAUCCUUCACACCGCCCACGCUGCUUGGUCCCGCCCUCUGACCCUCCGGGGCACACACAUCAGCGAGCGGCUGAACUUGCUCACCCUGAUCAUACUAGGUGAAGGUGUCAUUAUCCUGGCCAAGAAGGUAGCUGUCCUGGUCGAGAAUACGUGGAUCAAGGACAGCGGGACGAAUUGGUCGCCCGCCCUCGUCGGAAUCAUCGCUUCCGCAGUGGCGCUCGCAUACACCAUCUUCCAGCUGUACUUUGACUGGAUGCAUGAGGAUGGCGGCAGCGGAGAAAUCGCCCACUACCUCUGGGUCAUGGUGCACCUGCCCUUCCACAUUACCCUGGUCCUCCUCGUCGAGGGCGGCAACCAGUUCAUCGUCUGGCGCCGCGCCAUCGAGGCCAUCGACUCAGCGGCCGAGACCCUCUCGAGCGCCGCGGCCAAGGGGUUCCACCAGCAGCUACCCGGCGCCGCGGCCGCGCCGGUCAACACGUCGCAGGUCGUGGGCGCGCUCAGAGGCCCCGUCACGGCGCUCCUGAGCGCGUACCGGCCCGAGAACGAGACCGAGACCUGGGCCCAGGUCCGCGAGGCGUUCGACAACAUGGCGGAGAUCCCGGACGCGUUCUGGGGCGUCUACGAGGAGCUCCCGCGGACGAGCCUCGCGAAGCAGCGAUGGCUCGACAGCCUGUCGACCAUCGUGUCGGCCGUCUUCGAUGGUAUCAGCAGCGCCUUCGACAUCCACGAGGCGGAGGACGAAAUCCCCGAGCCGGGCAGCAUCGACUACGUCGGUACGUCCUUCUCAAUUAUGACGAGCCAGCCCAAGACGCAGGACCGCGACUUCGAUCUGCGCUCGACAGAGGCCGAGGCCUACGUCGCGACGUCGAUGAAAUUCCGCUUGGUGUUCGUGUAUGCCUUCGUAUGCGCCGGCAUCGUCCUCCUGCUGCUGCAUACCCUCCACCUAUUAUCGCAGAGGCAGAGAUGGACCCCGUUCAACGCCUUCCGCGCAGCAUUCGGCAUCAUGGUGUCCAUCGGGCUUAGCCUCGUUAGCCUGGUGGCGCUCAGCGUCGACCAGACCACGAGGUUUUUAAUGACGCCAUGGCAGCUGCCCAUCAUCGCUAUGUGUUACUUCGUCUGUUUGGUCCUCACCUACUUACCCCCGCUAAAGGACCUUGUCGUCGUUCGGAAGAUUACCAACUGGCUCGAUUACCGCAAUGAAAAGAAACAAACUGGAGACCCGCAUGCUCUUGUGUAGGUUAAUAGCUCCUUACUAGUAUACUUAGCAUAUAGACCAUUGUGAAGGCGGCCUCUACUUUUCUCACGCCCCGGCUUUCCCGGUCUAGAAAGAUUGCGCGCGAGGGAAGGGGGGGGGGGUUCCCCCUGAAUAUCGGCUGAACUGUAUUUUAAUUGGACUUUUUCGAGUCGAGCCUCGGACAGGUUUCGAAGGCUCUCAGGGCGGCUAGCGUGUCGUAUAGAUGUUUACCGGCUAGACUGAAUUUGCGGACUGGCUCCUGCUGGGCUACUAUAGAAUCAUUGCCCCAAACCAACUUGAGGCGUUUUGGGGUUUACGUUCUUUAUUCUCACCCAGGUUGGAUACUGCUCAGCUGUGCGAGCGUUUCUUGUUCUCGCCUGAGCGAAGCAUGGGGUCUAGAAUUAGUGACGGCAAAAUUCGCAUAAUUAUAUCGACUGCGUUUUCUAAUGUCUAAUUUCCUUGAGGUGCUCCUUGCAAAGAGGUGGGCUUAUAUAAUAGCUUCCUACGCAACAACUAGCUAGUUCGCUAAGCCAAUUUGUUAAACAGUCGAGUUAGGUCAAAGAAUGUGCAUGAAACUCGAAUUAGUUGUAUUUUAAGAAGCGCGCGCCCACGCGGCGCAUUGAUUCAGUCCAUUCUAUAAGCGAAAAC